AUGGCUCCUCGUACCAAUCUCACUGGUUUCGACCCUCAAAAGUUCGCCGCCGCUUCCGGCCAGCCCAGAAACGACCCCUGGGCUAGAUACGAGGCCUGGAGAUACACUGGUCCUUUCUCGCGCUGGAACAGAUUCAAGGGCUCUUUCCCCGGUCUCGGUAUCGCUACUGUCGCCUUUGCUGGUUACCUCGCCUACGAAGCCGUCUUCCUCAGUGACGACCACCACGGCCACGGCGAGGCUGGUCACGGCAACGACCACCACUAA